GCAGCAGACGUCGUGCGCUCGGUCCGUUGCGCAUGCGCGGCAUUUGCCUCAGCAGUCGUGUUUGGCAGCACGGUGCGCGUUGCGCGGAGCUGUGUAGUGUAGUUUAUAUUGUCGCUGUUACAUUUCUUGUUUAUAAUAGGCAUUUGUUUUGUUACCAUAACAGCCACUUAGUUAAACUUAACGUAGUGACCUUGUCACAUGGGGCAACUCUGCAAAAAUACGCGGGCACGUUUCGAGUCGAGUCCGUCUCAUGACUAGCAUCGAUCAGGAGGACAUUUCAGUUUGUAAUUUUGCCGAUACUUAAUCAUAUGGUGUAAGCAAGCGUGCCGGAAUGGCAUCAGGCCAGCAGGUCUCUUCACUUUUGCAGAACCAGGCGGGCCAUGAGGGAAGCCGCAUGGCGAAUAAGGUCUUCAUUCAGAGGGACUACUCCGAGGGAACGUCAGUGAAGUUCCAGACCAAGUUUCCACAAGAGCUGGAUGGCUUGAUCGAAAGGCACAUGUUUGAUCAGAUGGUCACUACAAUCAAUUCUAUAUACUCUGAAGCUGAAAGAAUGAGCAGCAAGACAUUUUGUGAAGGCUUCAUGGCAUGCCUCACUGCAUAUUUAUUAUACAUGUGUACUGAAACCCAUUAUGAGAAGUUUUUGAAGCAGGCCACUGCGUACAUUCAUGACCAGAACGAGACUGUUUAUGGUCCACGUGGCCUGCACAUCACAGACCCCAUAGAAAGGGGUCUGCGAGUUAUUGAGAUCACUAUCUUAAGCGAACAAGGUGCGCGGUCAUGAUCGCAAGCUUAACCUGGUCAUCCUUGAAGCCUGUUCUACCCCAAAUUCUCACUGUGGCCUGUCACAGCCAAGCACCCAGCCACGUUUUUUUUUUUUUUUUUUUUUUUUUUUUUUUUUGUGCGCCCACUCCGCCAUGUGCCCAGCGAUGGAUGCGGCCCAGGGACGAGGGCUUCGUUGUUCAUACAUUGGUGUUUGCCGCUGCACAGCGGCUGGCAUUGUUUCCGUUCAAAGCUUGCUGGUUGCAUAUGAAGUGGGGGAGUAACAGUAGCUGGUGUUUUCAUCACAUGUAUAAAGUUUGCUUUCUGAAGUCUGUUUUUAUUAAAGCUUGCUAAAAAAAGAAAA